AACAAUACGAAGUGAAUUUAAUAGUUUUAACUGUUUCAAAAUGCAAGGCCAUAAUGAGGACAGAAAUUUGAAAUAAUGGUUGUGACGUAUAAUUCGCGAAAUCCAGCUGUCAAACGGUUGAUGAAAGAAGCACAAGAACUCUCAAAGCCUACCGAACUAUACUUUGCGAGACCUCUAGAGGAUAAUCUGUUCGAAUGGCACUUCACAAUUAGAGGUCCUGAAGAUUCUGACUUUCAGGGCGGUUUAUAUCAUGGAAGAAUUCUUUUUCCUUCAGAAUAUCCGAUGAAGCCUCCAAAUAUCGUACUGUUAACUCCAAAUGGACGUUUCGAAGUACAUCGGAAAAUAUGUUUAAGUAUUUCAGGAUAUCAUCCCGAAUCAUGGAGACCAUCAUGGUCUAUUCGUACUACAUUGUUAGCUCUGAUUGGAUUCAUGCCUACUUGUGGUGUCGGUGCAAUUGGCUCACUUAAUCAACCAAAAGAAGAACGUCAGUUAUUGGCUCGCAAAUCACAGAGUUACGUUUGCAGCAUAUGUGGACCAACUAACAAUUUACUUCUACCCUUAACUACCGCUUCAUCAUCAAUGAAUGAAGAAGCCAAUGAAGCUGCUGCUCAAAUAUCUAUGAUGAGUGAGGAAGAAUUUAGAAAUAAAAAAGCAUUGGCUAAUUCAAACACUUUUCCUCCUCCUCCUCCUACUACUACUACUACUAUUGCUAACAAUAAUGAUCAUCAAACAGAUUCUAUCUCCGGCAUUACAUCACAAUCGAACUUAUCAUCUGGGAAUUUAAUCAAUCCAUCAUCAACACCGUCUACUUCUAUACAUACUACUCCAUUUUCAAUGCCUUCUUUGUCUUCUCCCAUUCAAAGCAAUACUACAAACAUUACUGAAAAUAUGAACUCACAUUUAUGGACUGGAUUUCCAUCAUAUGUGUAUCCUUAUCGAAAUGAAAAUAUAACACCACAAAUUGCAUAUUGGUUAUGUUUUCCAGUAUAUUACCCUGUACCACCAUUUCCUAUGAAUGCAAACUCAUCAUCGUCAUUAGCGACUGCAGUUAGUUCGACGAUUGAUAGUGGUACAGCCAGUGGGGAACGUAUACCUUUAAGUUUUGGUGAAUGGUUAAAAGGAAUUCGAGAAAAAGAAAAAUCUGCGAGUACUUCUGUUCAUGACACAGUGUCUUCCUCUCCCUCUUCUACCACCAAUACUGAUGCUACUCAAGUUACUCAUGUGUCACACAGCAAUGAGAACACCAAGCCAACAACUUCAAAGACAUUAACAGCGGCCAACGAAAGCAAGCAGGUUGUUGAUUCAUCUGAAAAUCAAGUUCAUGCAAUGGGUAGAACGAUUUCUGCACAAAACAAAAAUGAAUCGAGAUCUAAAGAGAAAUCUUCAUCCAGCUUAACCGAUAAACCACCGGAAUAUGUUCAAAAUAGUGAUUCAUUGAAAAAAAAAAACUUGAAUGAACAUGAAGUUCCGUUGGUUGGUACAUCAUCGAAAACUGGUGGUAACAGUAACACUAUGGAAACUAAUGAAUCAUGUAAAGAUAAUUCCAUAUCUAAAUUGAAUAAAACUGAGACAAAUCAAAUACAAACUGAUACACAUGGAACAGAUGGAUUGCACAAUAGAAUAAUUGGUCGAUCAGUUAGUACACCGAAUCCUAAUGAUAAUAAUCGUACACCAAGUGGACAUAUUAGACGAUCCACAUCACUUGUUCAAUAUCAUACUGCAACAGUAUGUGCUGUUGGAGUAGCUAUUGCCUUAUUUAUCAUUGUUAUGCGUCGGCUUGCAAUCAUGUUCCAAGAGAUUUGAAAAGAAAUGACAUCAGGAACUAGAUUUCUUGUAGUUAUUUUAUUACUUCACUUAGAAAUGUUAAUUUAUGUGUGUUCAAUCAAUCAAUCAAAGUCCCCCUAUCUUAUGUAACAUAAACAACAAAACUCGGAAACUCCUGUUUUUGCUUUUCACUUUCUUGCCGACUUCAUUUAAACUUCAUCCUACAUCCAUUACAGUGGAUGUAUUCCAAAAAUGACUUCUUUUCUUUACAUAAUUAUAAAGUGUAUAAUGAUUUUUUCUUUAUGGGGGAGGGUUAUUUAUCUGAUUGACACUUCAUAAUAGUGAAUAUUGAACAAAAGUAAACACGUAACAUGUUACUUUGUUAAACAAAUUAGUUACCAUAGCAACUUCAUACAUGGAGUCAUCUUUACUUUUUUUUAUUUACUAUGAUUUGUUGAAGUUUAAUUUUGAAGAAUUUCAUUACAACAAUAAUAAGUUUCUUACUUCAAUUUUAUGUUUAUCUUUGAUUUGUACAAUAGUUUAACAUGACUUUUUAAUUAGCACUAUGACCUGGUCCCUACUGCUAAACUCUUGCAGUCAUCGGCCCUGGUACGGCCAAGAGUAGGGAGAGUCCGCUCUCUCGUAAUGCUCCCACAUAUACACGCGUAUAUAGUCUCUGUCAGGAAAGUCCUACUCACUGUCUUCUCGCAGCAUUACUGUUGUUUACGAAGUUGAGAGAACGAAAAGCAAAUGUCCGGUGCUCUAACCGGGUUGGUGGAUAUGGAGAAUCCACCUAAGGCAGUUGAAAAACCCUCAUUUUAAAUCAAUGGUAUACACGGGCUCCAGUAAAUUUGUGGUGUGUGUUACUAACAUCCACAUAAGUAGUAUAUGACGAUGAUCAGGCAGAGUGUAUUUCACUAGAAAAUCGAACAGAAACAUAACACGAUUGGUAUAAAAAUGCGUAAACAAUGAAAUCAGAAGUGAUGGACUGAUAUUUGCAGAAUGGAACAGUCAGGAUUCAGACAAUUGAUUGAUAGCUUGCACAUUAAUUGUUUACUGUACGUUUGUCAGAUUUUAGUGAGAUAUUUUGCACUGAAAUACAUCCGACUGUCCCCACUCGUGUUCUUGUUCACUACUCCCUGAUGGAAUAAAUGGCACAUGAACCAAUUAUUAGUCACCAGCUACUAUGGAACUGCAUCUCCUUACGUUGCUCCACUUUCUGGUGGACCAGACCUUUAGGUCAAAGGUGUGACCCCCUAAGAAAACCACCUGUUUCUGUCUGAGCACCCUGGUAGUAUCACAGCCCACGCACAAAUCAAGUGGGUUGUGUGACGCAUAUGUAUUCGGCGCCCCUUUGUACCGAUAUUAAUGUGUUCAAAUAAAUAAACCACACAAGUAAAUUAUUUAAUUAUGCAACUUCAUUUAUUAUUAUUUAAACACAUACAUAUUGGU